AAUCAAUCAUACAAUUUUGUCAUGGAGGAGGUUUCUUGUCUUGGUAACUCCUUGUGUUAUUUUCACCAACCUGGCAAGAAACAUAACAGUUCAUGUGACAAAACAAAUAGGAAAAUUGAGCAGCUCUUUUUUGAUCUAUGUGAAGAGUAAAAAGUCAACAUGCUAGUGAUGCUUAUAUGUAACUUGUCUGACAAAGUCAGAGUUGAAUCUAAAAAUAAUAAUAAGGAAAAAAGCAGCAAGCAUGACAUGAAUGUGAAAAUUUUGUUUCUACAUUUCCCUUCUGUAAAUUUACAACGUAACCAAUAUUUGAGACGUGACUGGUGUGGUUAGCACAGUGAAAUGUAUGCCGUUCUUUCUUGCUGUGGUUUUGCAGACUUAUGCACAGACUCAUUUACAAAGUCCUUAGAGAAAGAGAGUCGGGCAGAAGCUGUGACAUCAGAAUAUCAGUAGUUUUAAGAGUGAAAGCACAAGUGAGGGUUUUUUCUGGCCAUUGUCUGCAAAGCAAACCAACAAAAAUACGUGAGAAGUCUGCUGCAGAAAUGAAUGUCACAACAUUUAAAGCGCGUGUCAUCACAGGAAGUUGUGGCCAGUCCCUUUCCUGUUCUUGUGCCUGAGUAGAAGUCAAAGACACGUUCCUUCCUUUUUUGGGGGUCACACCCCUCAUGCGCACCGCCCAGGCCUGGUCCUCUGUUCUUUUCGUCAGUUGGCAGCUGUCACUUUGCAAGCUCGGCCAACUGGAGAUAGAUUAGUAAUUGUAGCUGCACCCGUUGCCAGGCUGUGAAGUUACUAUUGAACAGGUGUGUGUGACUGCUUGCUUGCGGGAUCAUGGAGAGUGAGCCGGGGAUUGUGUCUCCGUUCAAGCGGGUCUUUCUGAAAGGAGAGAAGGGAAGAGACAAGAAGGCUCAGGAGAAAUCCACAGAGCGCAGGGCCCUCCAUACCUUCUCCCUGUCUCAGCCUGACCACCGCAUUGACCCUGACAUUCUGCUUAAUGACUACAUUGAGAAGGAAGUAAAAUAUUUAGGGCAGCUGACAUCAGUUCCAGGAUACUUGAACCCAUCGAGUCGAACAGAGGUUCUGCAGCUCAUUGACAAUGCAAGAAAAUCCCAUCAGUUGGCGGGCCAGCUGACAUCAGAUCAGGACGCAGUUGUGAGCUUGUCGGCGUACAACAUCAAGCUUGUUUGGCGAGAUGGAGAAGACAUCAUCCUUAGAGUGCCAAUCCACGACAUCGCUGCUGUUUCAUACAUCAGGGACGACUCUCUGCACCUUGUGGUGAUAAAAACAGCUCAAGAGUCAGGAGGCUCUCCCUGUCCCAGCUCAUGUCCUGACCUAAACAAAUCCCAGACUCUCAGCUCCCUGUCAGAGAGCGGCGCUGUGCUGGUGGAGGUCUGCUGUCUUCUUGUCCUUGCAGUUGAUAAUAAGGCAGCAGCGGAGGAACUGUGUCUUUUGCUCAGCCAGGUCUUUCAAAUUGUUUACACAGAAUCAACUAUAGACUUUCUAGACAGAGCCAUAUUUGAUGGAGCUACAACGCCUACAAGACACCCUUCUUUGUACAGUGACGACUCUUCAAGCAAAGUAGAUGUCAAGGAGGCUUUUGAGAGAGAUACCAGCCCGUUUCCUUUCCAGGCCACAGAAGGAAGCUCUCCUUCUACAUCCACCCCAGUUUCCCCUCAGACAAAGGCCCCAAGUGAAGGAGAGCUCAGCACCACUGCUGCAGAGCUUCUGCAGGACUACAUGACUACAUUGCGAACAAAGCUAUCAUCGCAGGAGAUCCAGCAGUUUGCAGCUCUGCUCCAUGAAUACAGGAAUGGCUCCUCUAUUCAUGAGUUCUGCAUCAACCUGCGGCAGCUCUACGGGGACAGCAGGAAAUUCCUCCUACUUGGCCUGCGUCCCUUCAUACCCGAGAAGGACAGCCAGCACUUUGAAAACUUUCUAGAGACCAUCGGAGUGAAGGACGGCCGCGGCAUAAUCACGGACAGCUUCGGCCGCUGCAAACGCACGGCCAGCUCUGCCUCCGACUCCACCACCAACGGCAAUGGAGCGGCGGGAGGAAGCGGCGACAGCACGGCGUCGGAGGAGGGCCGGGACACCUCCGAGGGAGACGAAUGGGACCGUAUGAUUACUGACAUCAGCAACGAUAUCGAAGCUCUCGGCUGCAGCAUGGACCAGGAGGCGGUGACCCCCUGACCUGUCGACAUGAAGCCAUGGCCACGCCUCAGACGAGCGGUUGACUUUCUUAAAGCGGAUCAGAUGAAGGUGGUCCACAGCACUGACCUAAGAUUUGGUUAUAUGUUUAUUCCUCUAAUUAUCAAGAGGACGUUCUAUUGGCCCUGUACAUUUAAGGAAAAUCAUUCUGUCUAGUCGACUUACGCACUUAUGCAGACCUUGUAGUGGACUUUUAGUUAUUGUUUUACAUUUCAGCUGGAUUCGCCUCAGAGUUAUUUUUAAACUUUUAUCUUUGGUUUUGUACUCAUUUAUUGGCAGUAUCUGCCACUUUUCUCUGUGAUAAAGCUUAGCUCUCCAGUCAGCACAGCAGCGACUGGAGACUCCACCGGUAGACUGUGCACACGUUAGAAGGUUAAGACUGAGAUUUGUAUCUUAAUUUAACCAUAAAUUAAUCGGCUUCAUCCACCUUCAGUUUUCUUCAUUUGUUUCGAUGUAAGGAUUUUGCUAUGUAUAGUAUCAUAAGUUCUGCUUUUACCUCACACUUUGCUAAUCAGCGCUAACUCAGUUUAUAUGUUUAUGCCUUAUUCAAACUGACCUAGAAGAUACUGUAAAAAAAACAAUCGCAUUCAUUUAAAGCCACAAAGUGUGGACUGUAUUUUAUUUGACAAGGCCAGCUUAUGGGUGGUUGAUGUACAUUUUUUCCAACAUUCAGGUCAUUUUUGUGUUGCAUUAAAUUUGUCAUUGUGCCUAAAUACUGCAGUACUGCUGCCAGCAGGUUCUUAGUGACUCUUAAAGCAGUUUUGCAGCAAGUUGUGGUUAUUACAUAACAAAUCAAUUACAUUGAUUUAUAUUCAUAAUGGUAUUGCAUAAUUGCAAGCAUCAUGAUGUUGCAUAAAAAAAAAACCAAAA